AUGGCUGACCCUCCCCCGCCUCAUUCGGAACUGGUGUUCCACGAGGUGGAGGAGUUCAUUGACACGAGCGACGGCAGCUCGAGCAGCAACAACAACAACAACAGCAGCAACAGCGACGUCACCCCAACAGGCACAAUGUCGCCUGCUAACGGUCCCGCUUCUCCCCCAUACUACACUGCGCGGCCAAGUAUGUCGUCGACAACAGAGCAAGAGACUCCCUCAGCACAGGUCACGACCUCGACACGAUCAGCUCCAACAGUGCCGGGCCCGCCCAUCAAGCUGGCAGCUGCUGCCGCCAGCGCCGCUGCGCUCGUGCCCGAGCGAGCGGACGUCAUCGACGAAAAGUCAGACCUUGCCGGCAGCAGCGAUCCGAGCGUCACCAACAAGACUCUUGUCGCCGACGCCGAGGCAGCAACGCAGGUCCCCUCUGCACUGCUCAAUCUCCCACCACCACCGCCGUUCGACUUGGACGUCGAGGGCCUGACAGUCGGAGUGCCGUACGACCCUUUGUCAUGGUACAUUGGCCGGGCUGCCAAGCUUCUCGGCGACGCCAGCUUGGAAACUGCAGACAAGGAGACGGCAGCCAGCAAAACGAUCCUGUCAGAUGUGUCAUGCACGUGUGCAUCUGGAGAAGUACUCGCAAUUCUCGGCGGCUCGGGAUCCGGCAAAACUACGCUCCUCAACGCCGUAGCUCACCGUCUGGCCAACCUCCCGGUCCGAGCUGGUGAUGUCCAAUACGUUCCCUCGCGGGGUGGCAACCCUCUUGGGCACCGCGAGGCCCGGCGCAGAAUCGGCUUCGUGAGACAGCAAGACUACCUCGUCGAGUGUUUGACAGUGCGUGAAACCCUCACAUAUGCGGCACGACUCCGUCUUCCAACUAGCCUCUCGCGCGAGACCAUCGACGUUGUUGUGGAAGAGACUCUUGACGAGCUGGGCCUGCGAGAUGCCGCGGACACUGUCGUUGGUGGUCCCCUGCGAAAGGGUAUCUCUGGCGGCGAGAAGCGAAGACUCUCCAUCGGCUGCGUACUCGUCACCUUGCCAUCAGUGUUGAUCCUGGACGAGCCGACCUCAGGUCUCGACGCGUACACAUCGUACCUCCUUCUCCGCACACUCAACGCUCUGGCGCGUCGAGGCCGAACAGUCAUUCUGUCUAUCCACGCGCCUCGCUCGGACGCAUUUGAGCUCUUUGACCGCAUCUGCCUUCUCUCAAAGGGCAAAGUCGUGUAUUCCGGGAUGCGAAGCUUGUGUCUCCCGUGGUUUGCCGAGCUGGGCCACACCCUCGAGGACAAUGUCAACCCACUAGACUUCCUUAUCGACCUUUGCUCGAUCGAUAACCGAACGGUAGAAAACGAAGAGGAGAGCAAGGCACGUGUCUCUGCGUUGACAAAUGCGUGGGAGGCCCAUCUUCAAGUCAGCAGUGGCAAGAACCAGCUGGCUUUACUGUCCCACUCGCACCUCGUCGUACCAACGAACCACCCCCUCGCGCGUCAUUCCUCGUCUCAUUCCCAAGAGGUCAACGAACUGCACCGGACAGUCAGCAUUCAGGCCGUGGACUCGAAGCGCCCCGGGUGGUUUUUACAAACCCGCAUCCUUACAGCACGCGCUCAUCGCAAUGUCUAUCGAAAUGUACCCAUCCUGUUCGGACUGUGCUUCCAAGGCGUGGCCCUUGGGUGCUUUAUCGGCGGGACAUUCUACAAGAUACCCGAGACCCCACAGGGUAUCCAGUCGCUCAAGAACCUCUCUUUCCAGUUUAUGCCGUCCGUGUUCUACCUGCAACAGGUUUUCUGGGUCUACAAGUGGUGUACCGAUCUGGUAAUCUUUGACCGCGAGCGCGAGGACAAUCUCUACGACGUGGUGCCGUAUGUCAUCUCGGACUGGCUCUCUUACCUGGCCCCAGCAGUCUUUUCGCCCACAGUGUACAUCAUUCUGGUCUACUUCAUGGCCGAGCUGCGAAUGGACGAGAUUGCGAGUCGUCUGUUCACCAUCAUUGCGUCUACUAUUCUUGUUCAGUUUGCGACGCAGGGCCUCGCCCUGUUCGCUGCAGCCGUGACACGAGAGUUUGCCGUGGCAAGUCUUGUGGCGAAUGCCAUCAACAUCUUUCAACUCCUGUCUGCGGGCUUCAUUCUUGUCGAGCCCCCAGUGUACGCAGCCUGGAUCCGCUGGCUGUCGCCAUACUUUUACUCUUUCCGCAUCGUCGCCACGGUCUUGUUCAAGGACCGUACAUUCGCGUGUCCGUCCGUCUCACAGGCCAACCUCGAGCAGUGUGAUGGCAACAAUGUGCUGCGGUCGUUCAGGUUCAACCUCGAUACCAACAUUGGCGCGUGGUUUGGUGGCCUGAUCGCGUUUGCGCUGUUCGAGUAUGCGUUCUCGUGCCUCAUCUUAUGGGCCUGGCACGCUGGCGGUGUGCGCCACGCCUCUGAGAUUGACUCGCACCAUCGCGGCAAGCAGGCGGAUGUGGCAGACAGCCACCUGACGCGUGACCUCAUCAGUGUCAGUGCCCGGCAUCUUUCGUUGGCAUGGGAACGCCGUGGUCGCGGUCUGCUCAAGAGCUCCAAAAAGGUCAUUCUCGAAGACAUCUGCGUUACCUUCCCUCCCGGCCAGGUUUCUGCCAUUCUCGGUCCGUCAGGCGCCGGCAAGUCGACCUUUCUCCAACUUCUUGCCAGCCGCAAGUUGAAAGCUGGCGCACUGGCCGGUUUCUACCUCAAGGGCGAGAUCCUCUUCAACGGCCAGGCGGCCACCCACUUGUCCAUGAGCAAUGUGGCGUUUGUGGAACAGGAAGACGACUGGCACCUCCCCAGCCUCACGGUCCGCGAGACGCUGCGGUACGCUGCCAUUCUGCGUCUCCCGCAGGACAUGCCCAGGAAGCAGAAGAUUGCACGUGCCGAGACGGUCCUGCGCAUGCUUGGCCUCAAGGACUGCGCCGACCUGCCUGUGGGUGGUCAGUUGAUCAAGGGUAUUUCCGGAGGAGAAAAGCGGCGCCUGUCGCUUGCUGUACAGAUGAUCAACGAUCCCGCAGUGCUCCUCGUCGACGAGCCCACGUCUGGCCUCGACAGCAGCAUUGCGCUGAGCGUCAUGCAGGUGCUAAAGGACAUUGCCGCCACGGGCCGCACAGUCAUUGCCACGAUCCACCAGCCCCGCUCGGACAUUUGGAAGCUCGCCGACAACGUCACCUUGCUCGCCCGUGGCGGCCACGUCGCAUACAGCGGCAAGCGCGCCGACGCCAUCCCAUACUUUACAUCUAUCGGAUACCCGAUGCCGACUGAAUUCUUCAACCCGGCCGACCACCUGCUGGACAUUGUCAGUGUCGACCCUCGGCCGGCGCUGAACGGCGCCAGUGCCAAGCGCGUGGGCGACAUGGUGGCCACCUGGUCGACGUACGAGGCGAAAGAGACGGGCGACGAGGACGUGUCGACGCUCAACACGACCGACGAGAUCCAUUCGGGCGCCAAGACGACACCCAUGCGCAUCGCGCUCCCCGUCGUCCUCGUGCGGCACUGGACCAACAUCUGGCGCCAAAAGGGCGUGUUCAUGAACCGGUGGAUGCAGGCGCCGUUUGUCGGCGCCUUGUUCAUCUUCUUCUUCCAGCGCCUCACACAUGGUCCACAGGGCGCGCAGGACCGCAUCGGUAUCACGAUCCAGUCGAGUACGGCGCUCGCGUUCGUCGGCGUCCUCAAUGCCGUGGCCAUCUUUCCGCCAGAACGCGACCUGUACUUUCACGAGGCGAACAGCUCGGCGCGGUACAGCUCCGCGACGUUUGUGCUCAUGUACUCGCUCGUCGAGAUUGGUCCGCAGAUCUUUGGCGCGCUGGCCUACAGUGCCAUCAUGAACGUCGGCGUAGGCAUGCAGACGAGCGUGCGCAUCUUUUUCGAAUACUUUGUCACCAUCUUCUGUCUCUUGCACAUGGGCGAAAGCUUCAGCAUGCUCUUUGGCGCAUGGAUCAGUGUCGAGGGCCUUACAGUGACGCUCAUCUCGACAUUCAUCUCCCUCGCCGCGCAAAUCUCGGGUGUCGUCUCGCUGUCACUGCCCGACUGGCUCGCGGCCGUCGCGUGGGCGACGUGCGUCAAGGGCGCCGUCCUCGUGCAGGUCAUCAACGAGUGUGUCGGCCUGGAAUUCACGUGUUCCGACCAAGACAUUGCCGAUGGCCAGUGUGUCGCGACGACGGGAGAGCAGAUGCUGGCCCUGUUUGGGUGGAACGACCUCCGCACGGCCAUGUAUGUGGGCAUCGUCCUCGCGACGGCGUUUGCGUGGCGGUUUGUCGCGUAUCUGGCCAUUUCGGCCAAGGUGGGCGGGUUUAGGUAG